AUGAAAGAAAUAAAUUCUGUAUUGAUUAUAGGUGGUGCUGGUUUCCUCGGUUUACAUCUAAUCCAGAAAUUUUACGACAUUGAACCAAGACCGAAAAUUUGUGUGUUCGACGUGAGGCCAUUACCUGACAGGUUAUCAAAGCAAUUCAAUUUCAAGCCCGAAGAUAUUGAAUGUUAUGAAGGUGAUUUAACGUCUCCUGAGGACGUCGAAGAGGCACUUAAAAUCAGUGGUGCCAAUGUCGUCGUCCAUGCUGCUUCGCCAAUGCAUGGAGCUGCCAGUGAUAUCUAUCAGAAAGUGAACGUUCAAGGAACAAGAAAUGUUAUUGAUAUUUGUAAGAAGAUGAACAUCGAUGCUCUGGUAUAUACUUCUUCAGCAGGUGUUAUAUUCAAUGGAGAAGAUUUACAUAAUGCUGAUGAAACCUGGCCCAUCCCAGAGGUACCAAUGGAUGCUUAUAAUGAAACGAAGGCGAUUGCAGAAGAUAUGGUAUUAAAGGCAAACGAUCCAGCUAAUGGAUUUUUGACAAUAUCUUUACGUCCAGCAGGUAUUUUCGGUCCAGGAGAUCGUCAAUUGGUUCCAGGUUUGAGGACUGUCGCUAAAUUGGGUCAAUCAAAAUUUCAAAUUGGUGAUAAUAACAAUUUAUUCGAUUGGACCUAUGCAGGUAAUGUGGCUGAUGCACAUGUACUUGCUGCACAAAAGUUACUUGAUCCAGAGUCCGUCUCAAAAGUCUCAGGUGAAGCUUUCUUUAUAACGAAUGACACACCAACUUACUUCUGGGCUCUGGCACGUACGGUUUGGAAAGCAGACGGCCAUAUUGAAAAACAUACUAUUGUCUUAAAGAGACCAUUGGCAAUUUUUGCAGGAUACUUAUCAGAAUUUUUCUCCAAGUUACUGGGCAAAGAGCCUGGUUUAACACCAUUCCGUGUAAAAAUUGUUUGUGCAUAUCGUUACCAUAACAUAUCUAAAGCCAAGAAAUUAUUGGGUUAUGAACCACAAGUACAGAUCGAAGAAGGUAUUAGAAGAACCCUUGCGUGGAUGGAUGAAGGGUUCUAA